AUGGCAGGAAUCGCUUGUUCCUAUCCUCCUCAGGUGCGGACAGUCCGGAGACCAAAGAAAGCGCAAAGUGCUAUUCAAGCGAAUGCUAGGCAGCAUGAUGCACUCAUUGAGCGAAUCGCAAAUCUCGAGGCUCUGUUAAAAACGCACUCUGAUGCCCACGAUGGCGACGGUGAUCAUGACCAUUGCAUGGCGGAUGCUCAGGACCAGAUGAAAGUGAACGAAGGGACGGCGAAUAUAAUGGCUUCAGUAGAAUCAGUCACCGAUGACGCUUCGCCUGCAGACUCUGGGAGAUUUUCUCCUCCGUCGAUGCCUUCUAAUACGCAGCAAGACACUGUUGCUGCCGACGAAGGCGACCAGCAAUCUGAAUACUGGAGAAAGAUCGAGGAGGAGUGCGCCAGCCAGGUGUUCAUCAAGAUGCCCUCAACCGACACGGAUCGAUCGCACAACUCGGAGCAAGAGCGCCAGCCCAGUAGUCCUACUGACAAGUUCGCAAACUUGGGUUUUCCUUUUCACGGACCAACAGCUGCACCACUGCUAUCCGUGAUACAACGCCAGGUUUGCUGGCGAGCGUAUCUAGAAAACGUCGACCCUCUUCUCAAGAUCCUCCACAAGCCGACGACACAGGCUCAGAUCUUAUUGCCAGAGAGCCAUUCGCACACCCUCGCUCCCCCUUCGAGAGCUCUCAUCCAGGCAAUAUGUCUCAUAGCUGUGACGUCCAUGACCGACGCCAGUGUAUUGGCAAGAUUUGAGAAGCCCAAGGACUCCGUAACGCAGAACUGCGCGCUCCUUACCGAACAGGCUUUGAUGGCCGCCAAUUUUCUUCAAGCACAGGAUUUGGUCACCAUCCAAGCGUUGCUACUUUUCCUGUACUAUCUCCGGUGCACUGAAGACGCCCGGCUGAAUGCACUGAAUGGGAUGGCCGUCUUCCUCGCCGUGCGUGCCGGCCUCAAUCACGAUAGUGCUCACUCCGGUUUGCCAUGCCUUGAGGUCGAAUUACGCCGGAGGACAUGGUGGCAACUCAUAACCCUUGUUGACCACCCGGAUAACUCUGCGCUCGAGUACCUGCCUCCCAUCAUAGGCGCGGACACCCGGCUGCCGCGUAACGUGAAUGAUUCCGAACUGGACUUUCAGACCGUUGACCCUAGUGAAGAGCAGACAGGGUUCACUGAUACCAGCUUUUGCUUGAUGCAGUACGAGGUGACCCGAACCUUCAAUCAGAUUCGUUACGAGCGUGACCGCACUUCCUCGAGCGCCCAAAGAAUCACGGCCGAGGAGGCCGAGCAGCGUCUUCAUUCUUCUCGGGAAGGCUUUCGACACAAGUACUUUCAGCAUUCUACGGAAGAAGUGGCCAUUGGCGACUUCGCAGCGGAUGUCAUUGCUAUGGUCCUUGCAAAGCGACGCCUUUUGACGCACAUCUCACUAGAUCGCAACAGUUCCGGCGAUGUUCUGCCUCCCCAUGCCCAAGACCGGCUUUUCUUGCUGGCGGUGCAUGUGCUGGAGCUCUCGCGCAGUCUGCAGACAAAUAAACGGAAUGAACGAUGGCGCUGGCUGAGUGCCACAUACUUCCAAUGGUCAAUCGCAGCCUUCGUGGUGCGCAAUCUCACCAUCCGUCCGUCUAACACCGCAACGAAGAGAGCCUGGCACGUUAUUGAUGGCAUUCUAGACCACUGGCCAGCUCCAGUGCGCGAAUCAGCCAAUGCCAAUAAACUCCGGGCCCUGAUCGCCGACGCAACGCGACAUCGAGAGGCGAAAAGCCUGUGGUCGCCGAAUCAUCUGCUUGGCUGGCCAGGGAACAAUAACAGCAACAAAACUGCCCUUCCAGCGAUGACUGUCUGUCCCAAGAACAUGGCCGUUCCUUUCACUUGGAAUGAUACGCGCGCACAUAAACCACAGACGGGACUGGCACUGAACCCGACGAUGAUGUCGGAGGAUUUUGACUUCGACGAGGAACUGGCUCGUAAUGUAGAUUUUGGAUUUUUUUCGCAAUUCUCUCAAUAG